UAAAAUGAGAGACAGAAAUGAAAUAGUCUAAACGAAAAAUUAAAACAAGCAAAACACCCAUAUUGCCCCCCAAAGUACCCCUGAGAGAAGCAGAAGCCCCCUGGCAGCCUGCUGCUACUGGCUGAAAUUCAGCCUGCUACUCUGUGUUCACUGUGGGGUCAGGGGACACAAGACAACUGAGGAGGAGGGACAGUAGGUGGAUUUCCAAGGAGGAACCAAAAGGGAUCGUCCACCUCCGUGCGCCUCCACACUUGGACCCCUAGUCUCCGCUAACAAACAUGAGAACCCUUCACAGUUAAAACCACUAGACACUCACUCGUGUGCUUUCGAUUUUGACUCUCCCCACCCGACCCACAACUGCUUGGCCAUAACAUUUUCAGCAUCUACGGUACCGGAGGAUCCAGACGCAGAAGGAGCGCGCGGAGGAAGAGCAAGGACAGCUGAGUACUGGUCCCCGGGCUGGGGCACACGCACCACGUUGCCAUGGCAUCUGGACCCAUCAUGUUGGUCCCCAUGUGUUUGGUGGAAAACAAGGAUGAGCAGAUGUCAGUGAACGAGAAAGCCUUAAAGAUUCUUCACAAGAUUUCUCAACCAGUGGUGGUUGUGGCCAUCGUUGGGCUGUAUCGCACAGGAAAAUCCUAUUUGAUGAACUGUCUUGCAAGAGAAAAGUGUGGUUUCCCUCUUGGCUCCACGGUGCAGUCAGAAACCAAAGGCAUCUGGAUGUGGUGUGUGCCCCACCCCUCCAAGCCUAACCACACCCUAGUCCUUCUGGACACUGAAGGCCUGGGUGAUGUGGCAAAAGGUGAUCCUAAGAAUGACUCAUGGAUCUUUGCCCUGGCUGUGCUUCUGAGUAGCACUUUCAUCUAUAACAGUAUGAGCACUAUUAACAAUGAUGCCUUAGAGAAACUGCAUUAUGUGACAGAGUUGACAGAACUCAUUAGGGCAAAGUCUUCUCCUAGACACGGUGGAGUAGAAGAUGCCACAGAGUUUGUGAGUUUCUUUCCAGACUUUAUCUGGGUCGUACGGGAUUUCACCCUAGAGCUGAAGUUAAAUGGUCACCCUAUCACAGAAGAUGAGUACCUGGAGAAUUCCUUGAAGCUGAUUCCAGGUUUAAAUCCAAAAGCUAAAAUUUCCAACAUACCCAGGGAGUGUAUCAGGCAUUAUUUUCCAAAACGGAAGUGUUUUGUCUUUGACCGGCCAACACAAGACACAAGUCUCCUAGCCAAAAUUGAGAAUAUUUUGGAAAGCCAACUGGAUCCUAAAUUCCGGCAACAAUCAGAUAAUUUCUGUUAUUAUAUCUUCACCCAUGCAAAGACCAAGACCCUCAGGGAAGGAGUCAAGGUCACGGGGAAUCGGUUGGGGACUCUAGUGGUGACUUAUGUAGAUACCAUCAAUAAAGGAUCAGUGCCUUGUUUGGAGAACGCGGUGACAACUCUAGCCCAGCUUGAGAACUCAGCGGCUGUGCAGAAGGCAGCUGACCACUACAGCGAGCAGAUGGGCCAGCGAGUGAUCUUUCCCACAGAUACGCUCAAGGAAUUGUUGGACCUGCACGCAGUCUGUGAGAGGGAAGCAAUUGCAAUCUUCCUGGAGCACUCCUUCAAGGAUGACCAGAGGGAGUUUCAGAAGAAGCUCACGGAAAUCAUAAAGAAUAAGAAGGAGAGUUUAUUGCUGAAGAAUGAAGAGGCUUCUGAGAAAUAUUGCCAAUAUGUACUUGAUCAGCUUUCAAUGGCCCUAAUGGAAAGUAUUUCAGAUGGAACUUUCUCUGUUUCUGGAGGGCACAAGAAAUACAGGAGAGCAAAGGAAAGGAUUGAACGGCGAUAUUGGGAAGUACCCAGAAAAGGAGUGAAGGCAACAGAGGUCUUCCAACGCUUCCUGGCAUCACAGGUAUCAAUAGAGAAAUCCAUCCUGCAGGCAGAUAAAGCCCUGACCCAAGGGGAGAAGGCCAUAGCAGAGGAGCGGGCCAAGAAGGAGCAAGCUGAGAAGGAACAGGAGUGGCUAAGACAGAAGCACAAGGAGCAGCAGCAGCAGAUUGAGGCGCAAAAUAGGAGUCUGGAGGAAAACAUAGUCCAACUGAGAAAGAAGCUGGAGAAGGACAGAGACGAGGCUCUGAGAGAACAGACAAGGAUACUGGAACACAAGCUGAAGAUCCAAGAGGAAUUGCUUAACGAAGGAUUCAAGAAGAAAUCUGAUGAGAUGGAGGCAGAGAUAAAUCGUCUGAAAAAUUUGAUUGAAAGUACUAAAAAGGAUAAAACUCCCUUGAUUGCACGGGCCCUGGACACACUUGCUGAUGAACUCUCUGCAACCCUAGCUAUCCCUGGUAAACUAAUUGGCAAGGGUCUGAAUGCUCUGAGCUCACUGUUUAAAUAAGAUUAGUUUUCUUUAAAGAAAAUUAUAGAAUGUGCAUAUAUGCUCUGCCCUAUUUUUGGUGUGUAUGGUUUUUAAUUUUACAAAAGUUUUAAACAUAAAAAGUGCCUACUAGAGGAUUUUAGUGCCUGACAUACAUUGAUAGAUUGAGAGUUGGUUUUAUUCAUUUAAAUUGAAAAACAAGCAUCAAUUUAUAACAGACGUUGGCAAAAUUGGCCUACAGGCUAAACCUAUCCUGCUGCCUGUUAUUGUAAAUAAAGUUUUAUUGAAAUAUCA